AUGUCUGACUUGGACAAAAUUGAUGAUCGAAUCCGUCCAUAUUUGCAAAAUGAAGUUGGGUAUGAAAAAUGGACAAGAGUCUUCAGCCCGAACAAGCGUUAUUCGACUAUGACAUCAAACAUUGCAGAGUCAAUAAAUUCUGCACUCAUGGCUGCAAGAGAGUUACCAGUAGGAACUUUGGUUGAAGCUCUAAAAUGCCUGGUACAAAGAUGGCAUUUGGCAAACAAAGACAAAGCAUCAUCAAUAUUCACACACCUAUCAACUGAAGCUGAAGCUGAUUUAAAAACUUACAGAAAUAUGUCUAGAAAACUGAAGAUUGAGACAUCCAACCUAGUCAUUUACACAGUACUUGAUGGUAGGAAAUUAUUCAUUGUGGACUUACAAAAUAAAACAUGUUCAUGUGAUAAAUUUCAAUAUGACGAAAUGCUGUGUUCGCACGCAAUGGCUGUUUUAGGGAAGAGAUCUCUUAGCUGUUAUGAUUUUUGUUCUUAUUACUACACAAAAGAAGCAUUCGUUGCAACAUACAAAGACUAUGUACUACCACUUGGAGAUCCUGCAACAUGGAAUGUACCUAAUGAAAUCAAGAUAAUGGAGAUACUACCACCAGCCACAAGGCGUUAA